CUUCGGUACAAGCAUCAUGGCAGCCGCAGUAGCAAACCCGCCCCGAGGCACUGACUGGGCAGACGAUGGCGACGACGCGCCAGAUCUCAGCAACGCGAUUCCCGCGCCACAAAUCACCAAAAACAAGGAUGGCACUGAGACGGUGGUGACCAUCUUUAUCAACGAAGACGGCAAGAAGGUCAAACGCACACAACGCAUUCGCCGUAGCGUCGUGAAGAAACGAGAGAAUCCACGAGUUGCAGAACGUCGAGCAUGGGACAAGAUGGGGAUUGAGGCUGGCCGCGCGCCAGGACCGCAUCCAGACACCACCACACUCGGAGAGAACAUCAUCUUUAGGCCGCAGGUGGGCUUCAAGUCAGGUGGCGCCCAGGAGAAGGCACCAGAGGAGGACAAGAAGGCGGAGGCACUGAAGAAGAUGCAGAUCAAGUGCCGUAUCUGCUCGGGAGAUCAUUUCACAACAAAGUGUCCUUUCAAGGACACCAUGGCGCCCACAGGCGAGGAUGCUGCUCCAGUCGACAUGGAUGCCAUCGCGGGCGAAGAUAAGGGCGGUCUGGGAGCUGGCGGAAGUAGCUAUGUUCCACCUCACAUGCGAAAAGGCGCUGCUGGUGGUGGUGGAGGAGAGAGAAUGGGUGGCAAAUUCGAACGAGACGAUCUUGCAACCCUGCGUGUUACAAACGUGUCCGAAUUUGCAGAAGAAGGCGACUUGCGCGAAAUGUUCGAGCGCUACGGCCGUGUUACUAGAGUAUUCUUGGCAAAAGAUCGGGAGACAGGCAGAGCAAAGGGUUUUGCUUUCGUCAGUUACGCCGAUCGGUCAGAUGCUGCACGUGCUUGCGAGAAGAUGGAUGGCUUUGGUUACGGGCAUCUCAUCCUGCGUGUCGAGUUCGCGAAGAAAGCCACUACUUAAGAGAUAUAGAGAGGCUGAUGUACUCGUGAUUCAUGACAGGGAAGUACUUCGUAGUACAUCAGCGCGUCACUGAAGGCAUAUAGAUAAAAUGCACGAUCUCAUGCUCUUUCAGCCCGUCAUUGACGCGGUGUUCACAUGACUAGGUCCAUGCUUCCGCUCAGAUUUGGCCAUGAGGGCUGUGGCCUUUACAGCAGCUUUGUCGCUACAUACCCACUCGACUGGAGUCACUGGUCCUGCAUCCGGGGCUAUACUUCGACUCUCACGUCUGUAGCACGGACCGGACAAGAGUGGGAACACCGCUCGUUCAGCAAGCUAGAAUCUGGGCCAACCCAUCGAGCGGGCACGGCGGUCCCUUGAUGUCAGACUUCUCGGGUUUGACUUACCUCCUAGCAUCAACUGUGAGUUGUGAUUCUCUCUGGAUCGAUUCCGAGUCCAAGUCGAAGAAAAGUAGGAUCUACACAUGGAGGUAUCAGCAUUUACC